UCAGUAAAGAGUCAAAAACUUUGCGAAAGUUGGAGUUGAUUCAGACAUUGUUCGCUUGGAUGGCCGACAAGUUCAUUUAAUGGAAAAAUGAAUACUUAUAUUAUAUUUUCCAUAUUAAUUUUGUUUCUUCAAACCUCACUCUCUGCACCACCGAAGGAAGAUGAAUUUCCCACUGAGUGCAAAGCUGUUUGCUUCAAUGCCGUAAAGCCCUUCCUGACCUACCUGGACAUCCUGCAAAAGAGGGUCGAGGUCUGUGAGGUGACAGUCGCUGGCGAUACACUGUCACAAAUAGCGGUGUUAAAUGGAACCUUGGAAAUCCUUGGCAAAAAACUGGCUAUCCAGGAGGAAAAAGAGAAGGAUUCUGAGACUAAAAUAAUGAAAUUGGAACAACUUUUGGCUUCGGGUGCAAAAAAUAUACCCAAUCUUAAGAGUGAACCAUUCCAAAAAGUUGGUUCCAAGUAUUAUUAUAUUGAAGAGAAGCUAAGACAAACCUGGCAUGGCUCCUUACAAGUUUGCCACAAGCUGGGAGCCCACUUGGUUAGUCUACAAAGUCAGGAGGAGAUCGAAGCUAUUAGCGGACUGUUGAGGGAAUACGCGGGAUACUGGAUCGACGUGACCGAUCAGUUCAAGGAUGGAGAGUAUAUUUCCAUAUCGACUGGAUGGAAUGCCAGUUUUCUCAACUGGGCUAAGAAUGAACCCUCUCAUGGCCAAGAACACUGCGUCGAACUGCAUACUUAUGAAGGACCUGCUGUGAUGAAUGAUAAUCUUUGUUCCGCCAAAAAGUUUUUCAUUUGUGAAUCAAAUGCUUUAGAGGAGGAAAAAUAAAACGUAUAUAUUUUCUUCCUAAAAACAACAAUAAAAAUUGUUAAAUAUA